CAACUCAUUCCCAACUCUCCUCAGUUCCCUGCUGUCCUGUGCUUCUCCCCUUUCAUCCCCCGGCUCUCUCCAUUCCGGUGGAUUCAUGCUCAGCUCUCGCCCUCCUCGGUCGCCAUGCAGAACAACCACACCAAGGAGCAUCUUUUUAAGAUUCUCGUUAUAGGGGACCUCGGGGUCGGAAAGACCAGCAUCAUCAAGCGGUAUGUGCAUCAAAACUUCAGCCCCAACUACCGAGCCACCAUCGGGGUGGACUUCGCCCUCAAAGUCCUCAACUGGGACCAGGAGACGGUGCGCCUGCAGCUGUGGGACAUCGCAGGUCAGGAGAGGUUUGGCAAUAUGACCCGUGUGUACUACCGCGAGGCCAUGGGCGCCUUUAUUGUGUUUGACGUCACAAGGCCCGCCUCCUUUGAGGCCAUCACCAAAUGGAAGGAGGACUUGGAUUCCAAACUGUGCCUUGCCAAUGGGAAACAUGUAGCCACUGUGCUUUUGGCCAACAAAUGUGACCAGGGUCGGGACGUACUGACCAAUAAUGGAAUAAAGAUGGAGCAGUUCUGCCAGGAGAACGGCUUUGUGGGAUGGUACGAGACGUCCGCUAAGGAAAACAUCAACAUCGAUGAAGCGGCUAACUGCCUGGUGAAACACAUCAUUGCCAGUGAGAACGACAUGCUCCAAGCUGAAGUGCCCGACACCAUCACCCCGCAGCUGGAGAAUGACAAAGGCAGGACAUGCUCCUCCUGCUUCAGAUCCCAGUGACAGCCCCAGACGUCCUUUUGUAUCUCAUUACACAAAAAAAGUUUAGUUUUUCUGUAAGCAGGAAAACUACUUUGGCAGAUUUUUUUUUGUAAGCAUGUAUGCCAACCUCAUUCCUGUAUGGUAGUGUGAGUGUGGAGAGGGAGAGACAGGCAGCUGGCUCAAGACAUGGAGACAGAAAGAGAGCUGGAUGCAGCUGUAUGCGCUUGUCAAAGACAAGGUUACCCUCUGGGCGACUUCAAGCCUUGACACUGGCACUUUGGUUACCAUGGAGACACCGUUAAUGAACCCAUGCACAGAGAGAUCGCAGCAAAUCACAGAGUAUCAGUAUGUGUAUCUGUACUGAGGUCUGCAGAGCUAAUCUCUAUUUACUCUUUUUUUCUGUGUCUGAGUUUUCUCUGCUUCUUUCUCCCUUCACAUCCCUCCCUCACAGCAUUUAUUUUUAUUUUUUCAGAUGUCAUUCUGUACUAAUAAGCAGGCAAAAAGCAACAGAAAUAUAGUUUUCCUCCUGAUAUGCAAAGCAACUCAAUUUGAAUCCUGAUAACACUACAAUUUCACCACUAGCGAUGGUUUUAUUACAUCUGGUUCUGUUUUGGUCAUUUUAUAACACUGUCUUUUCCUGUCUUCCCUCAUGCACAUUUUCCGGCUUUAAUGUAUAACAGAUUAUAUUAAUGUAGUAAAAGUGCCUUUUUCCAAUACAAACCAUCUUAUUUAAUUUCCUAAAAAUAUAUAUCCACUACAUAUUUUAUUUAUAAGUGCACUUAAAGUACCUUGCUUUUCAUCACUGAGGUAGAACUGCACUCAUGUAUAUUGCAAAAUAUCAAAAAGUACAUUGUGUGUGUGAAAAAAUGACAUGUUAAAGCAAAGAUUCAUUAUGUUGUUUCCCUAUUAAUUCAAUGGUUUUAUAUUCAAUUUAUAAUAUUUGUAAUAUUUGUAAUUAUGGGAUUCAUGCGUAUGUAUGCAAACAUGUACAUAUUAUAUACAGUAUAAUGAAACUGAUUAUAGAACCAAAGAUGUAUCCAGUUUUCAACAUGUUCAUAUGAAUAAACCAUAGCU